AUCCGUGGGAGGAAAGGAAAGGGAGGGGCGGAAACCGAGAGCGUGUGCUGCAUGACUCACGAGCUGCUGCUGCGAGGAAAAGUAGAUCCGCGGACACAGACGCACUUUAAAGCCGCUCACAGCGCUUCACUUUCAGCCUUUAAGUUAAAGUCAAGGCGGUGUGCGCUCGUUUUCUCCACCGACACCUGGAAACUUGAAUUUUUUUUUAGUUGUAGACUUGUUUUUUUGUUUUUUAUUCUAAAGGAUUGUGACAACGCUUCAGCUGCGCCCAGGUCAGCAAAAUAACCAGCACUAACCAUGAACACUUCAGACACGCUGUCCUCGUACACAAGCGCAGCCGUGACAGAUGCAGCAGGGAUGAGACUUUCUACGCUUAAACCAACGCAGGCGGCCACCACCAUGAGUCAGGUGGUAACGACAGCAGCAGCAACAACACCACCCACAGGUCCAGACUCCGCAGUCAUUGCAGUGGUCAUUGUUCUCAUCCUGCUGACGGUAGCUGCUUUGAGCUUCCUGCUUUACCGGUAUCUCUGCCACAACAAGGGCGACUACAGGACGACGGGGGAGCUGGCUCCGGGAGAGGACCCCGACGAGGAGCACGGCAACCAGGCUACGAACGAAAAGAAGGAAUACUUCAUAUGAAGGAGUGUGUGUGUGUGGGGGGAGGUCUGUGGAUGACCGAGAAGAACUGUUUUUCAUUUUUUGUGUGUUUUGUUUUUUGAGGGAAGGCCGCUACUUUGCUGCACAGGGUGCAGAGAAGAAUAAAAAAAAGAUUUUUGUCAUGAAGAAUUACGCAGAGGCGCACAGGCAAUACCAAAGAUAAGACGGUUACAGUCAAAGAGUGCAUAGUGAUGGAUGAGGAGCAGGUGAUGAGACAGGUGUGUUAAGAUUAGCAGAGCGAGGCGUCAAAACAGGUGUUGGUUUUUUUUUUGGUUUAAUGUCACAGCGAGACGUGAUCGGUAAAUGCUCGGCAACAAUCAAAAUGUAAGAAUAUAGCUCGUCUGCUACGUUUAUUUAUCACUUUAGUGUUUGUAAUAUGUUAUUUCAUUCAGAUAUACCGUGUAAACAAUGUACUUGAUGUGUUGUGGGGCUUUUAUAUCGAGUUGCUUUUUAAAGUCCGCUUUUCUACGCAGUUCUUUUUAUAAGAUAGUCAAAGAUAGUGUCAUCUUAUUUUUUAAAUACAGAACAGCUGAACUUUUAUUUGCUGUACCCGGUUCUGUUUUUGUAUAAUUCAUUGCCACAAACCGUUACUGAUGUGACGACUUCCUCAUUUUGAGAUAAAUAUGGAAGACAAUAAAAACUUGUUUGGGGACUGGUGGCUCA